GACCAACCGGGCCUAGGAGGGCCCUCUCGCCGUCAUGUCGUCCGUAAAGGUGGCGGUCCGAGUGCGACCCUUCAACUCCCGUGAAAUUUCCCGGGAGUCAAAAUGUAUCAUCGAAAUGUCCGGCAACACAACCUGCAUCACAAACCCGAAAGUCCCGCCGGGUACGAGCGAAUCGGUCAAACGGUUCAACUACGACUACUCGUACUGGUCACAUGAUCCACGGGAUUCCGAGUUUUCCACUCAAUCGAUGGUGUAUGCCGACAUCGGUGAAGAGAUGCUGCAGCACUCCUUCGAUGGCUAUAACGUGUGUAUAUUUGCAUAUGGCCAGACAGGUGCUGGAAAGUCCUACACAAUGAUGGGAAAACAAGAGGAUGGUCAAGAAGGUGUCAUCCCGAUGAUUUGCAAAGACCUUUUCGGUCGGAUACAGGAAACCGAAAGCGCCGAUCUCAAAUACUCCGUUGAAGUGUCCUAUAUGGAAAUCUACUGUGAAAGGGUUCGGGAUUUGUUGAAUCCCAAAAACAAAGGAAAUCUCAAGGUGCGUGAACAUCCCCUGCUCGGACCAUAUGUAGAGGAUUUGUCCAAAUUAGCUGUGACAUCCUACCAGGACAUACACGACCUAAUCGACGAGGGCAACAAAGCAAGAACUGUUGCUGCAACCAAUAUGAAUGAAACGAGCUCACGUUCGCAUGCUGUGUUUACAAUAUUCUUUACCCAAAGGCGUGUCGAUAAGAUGACUAGCCUGGAAACGGAAAAAGUCUCCAAAAUCAGCUUGGUCGAUUUGGCCGGCUCCGAGCGGGCGGAUUCGACCGGUGCCAAAGGCACUCGCCUCAAAGAGGGCGCUAACAUCAAUAAGAGCUUGACUACUCUGGGCAAGGUCAUUUCCGCUCUUGCUGAAGUGGCAUCGAAAAGCAAGAAGUCCAAGAAAGCCGACUUCAUACCGUACCGUGACUCCGUCUUGACAUGGCUGCUGAGGGAAAAUCUCGGUGGCAACUCGAAAACGGCCAUGAUUGCUGCGAUAUCGCCGGCCGAUAUCAACUACGACGAAACGCUGAGCACGCUGAGAUAUGCCGACCGUGCCAAACAGAUUGUAUGCAAGGCCGUCGUCAACGAGGACGCCAACGCGAAACUCAUCCGCGAACUCAAGGAGGAGAUCCAGAAGCUUCGCGAGCUGCUCAAGGCCGAGGGUAUCGAAGUGCAGGAAGGACCGGACGUUAAAGUGGUUUGUGAAAAGCGAGAUGCUAAUAAAGAUGAAUGCAUCAAAGCGGAGAAAGGCGAAAACGAUGCCAGCAACGAGUCGGCAGACGCCAAUGCCGACGGUGAUCCGGCCGAGAUGGAGAAAAAGAUAUGCUCUCCGAAUCGAUUGCGCAAACGAACCGGUUCCAGCACCGAGAUGGCCGUGGAUCAAUUGCAGGCCAGCGAAAAGCUCAUUGCCGAGCUGAACGAAACGUGGGAGGAGAAGCUGAAGCGCACCGAACAGAUCCGUCUGCAGCGGGAGGCCGUGUUUGCCGAGAUGGGGGUGGCCGUCAAGGAAGACGGUAUCACCGUGGGUGUAUUCUCGCCCAAGAAAUCGCCCCACUUGGUGAAUUUGAAUGAGGACCCAACGCUGUCGGAGUGCUUGCUUUACUACAUCAAAGAUGGUUUAACGCGUCUUGGCACAUCGGAGGCCAACGUCCCGCAGGACAUCCAGCUGUCUGGUUCCCAUAUCUUGAAGGAGCACUGCGUGUUUGAGAACAAGGAUGGCGUGGUGACGCUGGUGCCACAUAAGGACGCUUUGGUGUAUUUGAACGGUAGAAAGUUGGUCGAACCGGAAGUUUUGCAGACUGGAUCCCGUGUUAUUUUGGGCAAGAACCAUGUUUUCCGAUUUACUCAUCCGGAACAGGCUCGCGAAAAGAGAGAGAAACCAAAGGACAAAGAUGUUGGUGAAACUCCUGGAGGCAAUGCCGAGGCUGCCGAUUGGAACUUUGCCCAGUGUGAACUGCUGGAAAAGCAAGGCAUUGACUUGAAGGCAGAAAUGCAAAAGCGUUUGUGUGCACUGGAGGAACAAUUCAAGCGGGAAAAGUUGGCUGCUGAUCAAGAGUUCGAGGAGCAACGCAAGACGUAUGAAGCUCGUAUUGAUGCUCUUCAAAAGCAAGUCGAAGAGCAAUCUAUGACCAUGUCUAUGUAUAGCAGCUACAGCCCAGAGGACUUCCACCAGGAAGAGGACAUCUUUGUAAACCCACUCUUUGAAUCUUGCUGGACGGCCAGAGAAGCCGGUUUGGCGGCUUGGGCUUUCCGAAAAUGGCGCUAUCAUCAGUUUACAUCUUUGAGAGACGACCUUUGGGGAAAUGCUAUUUUCCUGAAAGAAGCAAAUGCUAUCUCCGUAGAACUAAAGAAGAAGGUUCAGUUCCAAUUUACACUGUUAACUGACACAUUAUACUCACCACUUCCGCCGGAACUUGCACCUUCACCGAUCAUUGGUGGAGCUCUUACCAAUGGCCAAGAAGAUGAGUUUGGUCAAACACCUAUCCCACGCACUAUUGUGGCCGUUGAAGUCACAGACACUAAGAAUGGGGCUACGCACCACUGGAGCCUCGACAAGUUACGCUACCGCCUCGAGUUGAUGCGCCAAAUUUACAAUUCCGCUGAAUCAUCGCCGGAGACGCUACGGUACAACAUGUUGUUAGAGCAGUCCGGAUCAUCCGAAACUGGCGUUGGCCAGUCGGCAACGAUUGCCCCUUUUGUGCCAAACUGCGACGUUCGAAAUCUGCUGGGGUCAACAUUGAGUGGCGUUGAUUGCUCCGGGGACUGUUUUUCGUAUGCUGUCGACAGCAGCAACAGCAGCAGCAGUGGAACACGCAAUUGCGGUCAUCUAACGCUAGCGAAUCUAAUGCCCUCUAGGCAACGUUUGGAGCUCAUGCGUGAAAUGUACCAUAACGAGGCAGAACUCAGCCCAACAUCGCCGGACUACAACGUGGAAAGCCUCACCGGUGGAGAUCCGUUCUACGAUCGGUUCCCGUGGUUCCGUAUGGUUGGAAGAUCCUUUGUGUAUCUGAGCAACUUGCUGUAUCCGGUUCCGUUGGUGCAUAAGGUGGCGAUCGUCAAUGAGCGUGGUGAUGUACGAGGCUACCUGAGGGUGGCCGUUCAACCGGUUAUGGACGAAGAGAACGCUGACUUCAACAACGGCGUAAAACAGUCGGCCCGAAUUGUAUUCGACGAGGAGCAGAACGGUGGCCACAAGGUACCGAAGAUUCGUACCAUCCACGACAAGGAUGAGAAGUACAUUGAGGGCUCGAAUGACAUCAUGAAACUGGAGGAAUUGGAACAGGAGGAUGCUGACUCGGGUCGGGGUGAUUCGAGUGUAGCUUCAGAGCUGCAUGAGUCUAAUGAACACGAGCCGGGAGAGCAUCUGCAGCCGGGUAAAGAGUUUACCUUCCGGGUUACGGUUUUGCAGGCUACUGGAAUUGCGGCAGAAUAUGCGGAUAUCUUCUGUCAGUUCAACUUUUUGCAUCGUCACGAGGAAGCAUUCUCAACAGAACCGGUCAAGAAUUCAGGCUCUGGAGCACCUCUCGGAUUUUAUCAUGUACAGAAUAUAACUGUUCCUGUUACGAAGUCGUUCAUCGAGUAUUUGAAGACACAGCCAAUCGUAUUCAAGGUAUUUGGUCACUAUCAGAAUCAUCCGCUGCACAAGGACGCCAAGCAAGAUUGCCAGAUUACGCGUCCGCCUCCGCGUCGCAUGUUGCCUCCGAGCAUUCCUAUCAGUCAACCAGUGCGGAGUCCCAAGUUCGGCCCCUUGCCGUGUCCUCCCUCGUCUACAGUAUUAGCCAAGCAUGAUGUGCUGGUUUGGUUCGAAAUAUGUGAGCUGGCUCCAAACGGCGAAUACGUACCGGCAGUUGUUGACCAUAGCGAUGAUCUACCGUGCCGGGGUCUGUACCUUUUGCAUCAGGGUAUUCAGCGUCGGAUAAGAAUAACCAUCGUGCAUGAACCAACGGCUGAAGUGAAAUGGAAAGACAUUCGGGAACUGGUUGUGGGACGUAUUCGCAAUCAACCGGAACCGGCAGAUGAGCUGGACGAUUCUGAUUCUUGCGUACUGUCGCUGGGAUUGUUCCCUGGAGAAGUGCUUGAAGUUCCUGGCGAUGAUCGAUCAUUCUUCCGCUUCGAAGCUGCCUGGGAUUCCAGCUUACACAAUUCGGCAUUGCUCAAUCGUGUCACACAAACCGGCGAACAGAUCUUUAUCACGCUAAGUGCAUAUCUAGAGCUCGAAAACUGCGCCCGUCCGGCUAUCAUCACCAAGGACCUAAGCAUGAUCAUCUACGGUCGGGAUGCACGCACCGGUCCCCGUUCGCUCAAGCAUCUCUUCUCGGGCCAGUACCGGAAUCCGGAGGCGAAUCGGCUGUCCGGCGUCUACGAAUUGUCACUGCGGAGAGCUUCCGAAGCAGGUAGUCCAGGAGUUCAACGACGUCAACGGCGCGUGCUGGACACGAGUUCUACAUACGUUCGGGGUGAGGAGAACCUGCAUGGUUGGCGCCCACGUGGAGAUUCGUUGAUCUUCGAUCACCAAUGGGAACUGGAGAAACUGACCCGCCUGGAAGAGGUCGGCCGGGUUCGACAUUUGCUGAUGCUUCGCGAACGUCUCGGAAUGGACACCACGCCGAAUCCGACCACCAAAACCGAGAAGGACGUUUGCAAUUUGGCACAGCGAGCGAGUGCUUCACCGGUACACAUGGUCAUUCCGCCUUCUCCGCAGACCCCGGUCAAAGAUCAGCAAACGCCGACCCUCCCUGAACGAGAACUUACCCCGCGUGAAACGGAACUGGUUUGGAAGUGUGUCAAACUCAUCCAGGGCCGCAUCGGUGUCAAGGGUGAUCCGAGCGAGACCAGCAAUCAGCUUGCCGUGGAUGCCUCCCCUGGCGACGAAGGUUGUGCUGAUAUGAACGCCAGCUACAUAUCGGGUAAUUCCAUUGAGUUGUGCUCACCGGACCGGGUAGACAUACCCAACGGAUGGGAAGCCCCUGCACCGGUACCGCAAUCGCAGGAAGUUUCUCUGCGAUUGUACGUGCCGGAACUGGAAGAGAUCCGGGUGAGUCCCGUUGUGGCACGGAAGGGCUACCUAAACGUACUGGAACACGGCGGAUCCGGUUGGAAGAAACGAUGGGUCACAGUGCGCCGCCCGUACGUGUUUAUCUUCCGCUCGGAUAAGGAUCCGGUCGAGCGAGCGGUUCUGAAUCUGGCGACCGCACAAGUGGAGUGCAGCGAGGACCAAGCGGCGAUGGUGAAGGUGCCUAACACAUUUAGCGUCGUCACAAAGCACCGCGGCUACUUGCUACAAACGCUUGGUGAUAAGGAGGUGCAUGAUUGGUUGUACGCCAUCAAUCCACUACUAGCUGGUCAAAUAAGAUCCCGCCUGGCGCGACGAACCGUCACCAGCAGUAGUGGCAGCAGUACAGUCGACUCCUCGUCGUCGGCAAUGUCGCAGCAACUUACGCAGGCCAACAGCGGCGGUUCGGCUAAAUGAGAUACAAUAACGAUGGAGUCCGUGCUAGUCUACUGAGUCACCUAUCGCGUAGCAUAAGAUCACAUCAUCUCUGUCUCGAUGGUACCCGAGUACCACCGUCGUAUGCGAAGGCCACAGGGUACCAUCGAGAACAGUGGCGGCGAGGGCGACGUUUGCUGGGAUACAAUCCGAAUGGGAAAAAGGACGUCGCCUGCCAGCGGACCGGCGAACAAACGGGCAGCUUGAAGGUGCUUCUUUACGGUUACGUUCACGAGCUGGCUUGGUUCUGCACCAGGCUCAAUGAGUUCUUGUUUAUGUUUGUUUUCCAAUUGCUAUACGAACGUUGAAGCUGCUUCAAGGAAGCGGUCCUGAAUAAUAAGUAUUACUAGAGUACUUAUAAGUGCUAUCUAACAUAUUAGGAAAAAGGGAACGAAAGACACACGGAAACACGGGACUCCAUCACAGAGGUGUAGUAAGCUAAAAUUGAGACAAAGAAAAAUAGUAAGUCAGACUUCACUAUGUUACUAUAAUUGUAGAUUGGAAAAGCUUAGCAUUAUUUUUGAAAAUGUUUGUGUACAGCAAACAUUGACUGCUAAUACUAAAGUAUUUUUUGACCUUUAGAGAAAAUAUAUAUUUUUAUACACUUUUUAUUUUAAACAAAUUUUGUAGAUAGUUAUUCGGAUUUUUGGUUUCGAAACAAAGGAAGUGGGAACAUCAAUUUUGAAUCGGUCCUUCUAAAGCGUCAGUGUAUACGCUGACCAAAUUCAGGGAACUCGAGAAACAUCCUUUCGGACAUGAUAUUCCGCGACUAAAGCAAAGUCAAUCGAAUUUCCGCAAAACAAAAAAAAAACUACACAAAUUUCAAUACAACUCAAAAAACACGGUAAUGUGCUGAAAGUUCAAAACGGGUGAAAUUCGUCAAUAGUUAUACACAACCACAGGUUCCCAGGUGCUCAAGACCCUCCGAAGUGAUCAAGGCGAAAGAAAACAUUCACAAAACACUCAUAGAAUGGCGCGAAAAAUGCAAUCGACUGGCAUCUCUACUACUAGGUGAUGAUUUUAAUCAAUUUCGUUUUUCUACUCUUUUUUCGUUCGUUUUCUGUUGAUUUUUGUCUAUCGGAAUAGCUAUGUUUUUUUUUUGCGUACAGAAAAUUAAUGGGGAAAUAAUACAAUAAAAUUGAUAUUAAUUAUAGAAGUUAAAUAAUUAGAUCAAGUAAAUAAAUCAAAAAAAGGAAAAAGCAGAAAAAUAUUGAACGUAUAAAACAAACAAAACUGAAGGAAAAACUUUAAAUAGUCAUAUGUGUAUAUCUUUUCUCUUAAAAAACAGAUCAAGCAAGACAAGGAAAACUUAAACCAAAAUGCUAAUUACCAAGAAUUUUAAGGACUAAACCAAUACUCAACUGAGGCAUGAGAAGAAACUCAUUCACACACAGGCAUACACAUUCAAAUCAGCAAACAAACACAAACACACAGAUCUAAGAGAAACAAAAAAGAAAAACUAGCAAACCCCCAGUAUUUAAAAGCUAUUUCUCUCCCUCUACCCCCGAUGAUAACUAAUGGACUCUAGGAAAAAUAUUGAAUGUACAGAAGAAGGUAAAGCGAGGACUGGAACAUCCGUAUUCUUACUUCACCAAGCGAAACAGCAGAGCAAGUUGAAAAGUUGGUUCGAAUUGUGUCGAAUUGGCUGAAUUUUAUAGGGGAUUUUGUUUUACUAUCGGACGACAUGGGUCGAAAGGUUUCUCCUUCCAGUAAUCGAAUGAUCGUGACUGUACGUCGCAAAUAUUUCUCAAAGGUCCAGUUACAUAGAUGCAGGGAAUUAGGUCCUUGGUCUUUAAUAGCGAUGAGUAAGUGAAUAACUUACAUUCCUUCCCUUAUUCUUAUUGACUGUAAAAACACCGGAAGAUGCUUCUCAACAAAUAGAAUUUUCAUGAAUGAAUCUGCGUAUGUCCUAAAAACGUAGUUCAAUUAAUGUGAUAUGCAUAUUUGCUGAUUCUUGGGUCGAUAUGCCCGGCGACCAUGUAUAAGGUUAUGUUCCAGAAUUGUGAAUUCUAAGAUUCUUCGACCCAGUUGUUCGAUAAUAUGUAAAACAUUCCCCUAUUGUGUAUAAAGGCAAACAGUAAAAGCGAUUCGUUCGAUUUUUUUUUAGUUUAUAUCCAUAGUAUGUACUCAACUCGGGAGAGAAACGGUAAAUAACUAGGUAUAGCGAAAAGCUUGGUAAAGACGAACACGUCAGUUGCCUCAUGUUGGAGAUUGUAUAGGAUUUUAUUUAAAAAGAAAAUGCGUGUUUGUCAUUUGACACACGGCCUCGGCAAGCAAUGCAACACGGUGCAGCAAUUGUCGUUGCUGCAAACACAGUAUGUUUCUUAGUGCAAACAAACGCUUCUUUCAAGUUCAAACAAACCGUCACAUCGUACGAGUGGUGCAAUAGCUAUUAUACCACCACCACCUAACUAUAACAGUAGUAGUACGUAUACAAACCGCAUGAAUACUAAACGCCGAAUGAUGCACACAUACUACAUCAAAUCACACCCACACACGCGCUUCGAUUCGAAUGUUUAUGACUACUUGCCUGCUUAGGUAGACGGGAAGGAUAUUGUAAAAAGCGAUGCGAUGCUACAAUUUGCAAAUAUGCUGCGCGUAUUGCUAUGUUUGAGUCAGUUGCUGAACGAUUCGAAAAAAAAGGUUCGGAAGAACGGAAACAGCUAUCAGCUGGAAGAGAAUCUCCUGUGUAUAGAAUCUGUAAAUAUUGAUUGGCGAAUUGUCGUUGCAAAUAGAAGAAACUGAUCGUGGUGUCGAAGUUGGAUUUGAAGUGUUUUAGAGCUUCAAUUAUCUGCUUUUCGCAACGAUAAAUCGCCUUUUCGCUUUUAAUUUAGCCAUCGCGUAAAGGAUUACGUUUAGAGUUUUAACCAAGGUUCAAUUGUUGCUUUGUGAUGUACGCUGAAUAAAUUUAUGUUCUAUGAUUGCGCUUCACUGUAAAUAGUAGAAAUCUUAAGAAAUCUUUUUGCUUUGAUUGUCGGUAUGGUACUGCAGGAAAAACUGAGGACGAUUGACGAUAAACUGGACACGUUUAUGCGAACUGGCGUAGAACUUGUGUAUCUUUUAUAAAACCAGAAAUCGUGCUUUACCUUUUAUACAAUAUCGAGGAUAUCUACAUGCUACUUUGAACAAACACUGGAAAUAUCAAGAAGGAUUGUUGGGAUCGGGGGUCGUAUGAAUUAAAAAAAUAGUAAAUUUGAGUUUACUACAUUUUUGGUAGUAAAUACUGCUUGUGGAACAUGUUCGUAUGAAUAAAAAACUGGUUUUGAGUAGAUAGUCCAAAAGGUGGUACUGGUAGCUAAUGGUGGUACAGUAGGCAUGGGGAACUAUUCCGAUUAGGUAUUAGGAAUUCCUUCAGAAAUUUGUUAGGGAACUCGCUUGUAAAUAUCCGCAUUCGUUCUGAAAUACCUCUGAAUAUUUCUUCCGAUAUUCUAUCCAAGAGAUUUCUCAGACCCCUUUCCGGGGUCUCUCCGUGAAUUUUCUACUGCAAUUCCUAUUUUAAGAGUUUUCUCAGAAUGCUUUCCAUGAUUUCUCUCGAAGUUCUUUUCUAAAUUUAUCAUAAGUAAUUUUUCCUGGAAGUUUACAGGAGUUUUUAGUUUAAGAUUUCUCCAGGAGUUUCUCCCAAGAUUCCAUCCAGAGUAUUUUCCGGAUUUGCUCCUAGAGCAAAUGGGGUCUGCAGGAUUACCUUCUGAAACAUCUAACGAUAUACUUCCAGAGUUUCUCGCUGGAUACCUUACGGAGAUCCUGCCGAAACUUAUCCAAAGCUCCUUCAGGAAUUUCUCUUAGUGGUUCUCCGGGAUGGAUUUUCAACAGUUUCUCCGGGAAUUAUUAUCCUGGGACAUCCUGGGAUGUCAGAAGAAGUCCUUUCAGGAAUUUCUUUCGAUCUUUCUGAGAGAUUUCUGAGAUUUCUCUUCGAUUUCCUCCGGGGAUUUGAAUUUACUUACAUUUUGACAGUGAAUACUACUUGUGGAACAUGUUCGUAUGAAUAAACACAGAUUUUGAGUGGUUAUUCCCAAAGGUUGCAUAAUGUUGGGAAUCCAAUGAAAUUACUUCGGAAAACCAGAAACUACGAUGGUAUUCCGAUUUGGAAUUAGGAAUUCCUUAAAAAAUGUGCUAGGGACUUUGCUUGCAAAUGUCAGAAUUUGUUCUGGAAUACCUCUGAAGAUAUCUCCCGUUAUUCUAUACAAGAUUUUUCUGUGAAUUCUUUCCGGGGUUCGUCCUUGGAUUUUCUACUGAAACCCCUAAUAUUUUCCUGGAAGUUAACGGGAGUUUAUAAUUUUAGAUUUUCCCAGGAGUUUCUUCCAAGAUUCCAUCAAGAUUCAUUCCUCGAGUUCCUGCCAUUCUUCCGGUGUUCCUUUUGAGAUUUCUGCAGGAGUUUUUUAUGGGGUCUCUGUAGACCCAUACCUACCGGGAUUUCUACUGAAACUUCUACUGAUAUGCUUCCAUCAGAGUUCACACGUCCUUGCAUAGAUCCUACCGAAACUUAUCCAAAGCUUCUUCAUGAAUUUCUCUUAGUGGUUUUCCGGUAUUGGUUUCUACCAGUCUCUCCUGGGAAUAUUACCCUGGGACAUCCUGGGAUGUCAGCAGAAGUGCUUCCAGGAAUUUCUUCCGGAGAGUUUUCCGGGAUAUCGCUUGGAUUUCCUCUGGGGAUUUCUCUUACAGAUUUUCAGAAUUCCUUCUGGAAUUUCCUCAAUAAUUCUUCCCGGGGUUACUCCCAAAAUUUCUUUUCUGAUAUGUCCUGGUUUUUCACGUUAUUUCUUUCGAAGCUCCUCUUCAAUUCCCUAUAGGUUUUCCCUAAGUUUCUCGCUUUAACAUGGAUUCGUAGUAGUUGGUUGAGGUUAACCCAGGAGAUAUUCCGAGAUAAACUCUUGGAAAACCUCUGCAAGAACUAGGGAAGCAACUAUUCAAGAAUAAAAAAAAAGAAUUUUGGGCCAUUUUCCGGUAGGGACUUCGGGAAGAACUCUGGGACUAAUCUGGACAAAGUCUCUGAAAAAUCUUAAGAGGAUCACUGAAACAAAUUCUAGAUACAAAUACUUGGAAAAGUCUGGAACAUCUUUAAAAAAUCGCGGAGGAGCUUCAUGAGAAAUAUCAGCAAAUCCUCCUUCAAAUCCCAAUCCCAAAAGGAACUCCGGGAGAAGUCCUGGAAAAAUGCUUGGGAGAAAUUCCACGGCAAAUCCUGAAAAGCCAUGAGAGACAUCCCGGGAGCAACACCGGAAAGAGUCUUCCGAGAGAGACAAGUCCAGAGAGAAAUCCGAGAGAAAUCUCAGGUGAGACUUCAAGAGAUCCUGCGAUAAUUUUGAAGACAUUUUUCUAGUGAAAUUCUCGUUGAAAUUUAACUGUAUGAAACUGUAUAAGAAAUCUUUCGGAAACUGCUUGAAAAAAUUAUAGGAGGAACUUCAGAAGAAAUCACCUGAGGGACUCUGGAAAUAUUAGAGCGAAAUCCCUGGAUGAAAUACUGGGAGGAAUCCGAGCAGAAAAUUCGAGAAAACAAUCCUACAGAAAUCCUUGGAGGAACUCUAGUAGAAAUUUCAGGCAUAAAUCUGUUGAAAUUGUGGGAGAAAUCCGGGAAGAACUCUUGGAGAAAUUCCGAGAGUAACGCCGAAAGGAAUCGCGGAAACUCAUUCAAGAGGAAUCCCGAGAGAAACUUCCAGAUAAAUUCAACGACAAGAAGAAAAAGAUGAAUUCCGAGAGAAACUUCUGAAAUAUCGCCGUAAGCAACUAUUAUAGAAAUGCUAAAAGGAAUACCCAGCAUCCCAACACAAUCUCUUGUAGGGAUUCCAUGAAGAAAUCUGGGAGUACUUGCAGUAAAAUCACUAAAAAACCUCAGGAGCAUCACUGCAAGAAAUCCCAGAAACAACUAUGAGGAAAAACAACAUUUUUUUUUAUGACGGCCCCAAUAUGUGCUGAUCGAACGAAAUUGGGCCUGCAAUAUCUCUACAGCCACUAAAUACUGUUGAUAUAGGUGUGUCAUUGGCGUGGGAAAAACCUCUGAAAUUUAGGGAAGAACUCUGUGAGAAAUACCAGCAACACUUUCAAAAAGGAACAGCGGAAGACAUCCCAUAAAUAAAUGUAGGAAGAAAGUCCAUGGUAAUCCUGAAUAUUUUUGAGAGACAUUCAUUGGAGCAACACCGAAAAGGAUCUUCUUGAAGAACUCCAGGGACACAAACUCCAAGAAGCUCUUCAAGAGAAAUCCGGGAAUAAUGAUUUUUUUUCGGCGCUCAAGUUGGCAGGUUAUCAACGAACCUCGGUACCCAAGUACAUAAUUUGGAGAAGAUAUGCCGAGAGGAAAACUCGGAAGAGCUCCUGGAGGAGUCCCAAGAGUAACACCGGAAGGAAUCGCGGAAAACCAUUCAAGAGGAAUCCCGAGAGAAACUUUCAGAUAAAUUCAACGACAAGAAGUUACUCUUGGAGUAACUAUUAGAGAAACGCUCAAAGAAACACCCAGUAUCCCAGGACAAUCUCCUGUAGAGAUUCUGUGAAGAACUCUGGGAGUAAUUGCGGCAAAAUCUCUAUAAACAAUUUUAGGAGGAUCACUCCCACAAAUCCUAGAAGCAACUAUGAGGAAAAACUUCAGCAAAAAAAAAUCGAGAAAUACAACACUUUUAAGAAGGAACUCUGGAAGACAUUCCAUAAAAAUGUAAGAAUAAAGUCCAUGAUCCAUCCUAAAAAUGUUUGAACACCGGAAAGGAUCUCCUUCGAGAAGUCCAGAGGGAAACUCUGAGAAAAUCUUCAAGAGAAAUUCCGAAAGAAUAUUAAGAAUGUGAGACUUCUUUGAAAAUCCAGUGGAAUGCAUUUUUUCCAGGAGGAACUUCGGGAUGAAAUCCCGUGAGGGAUUCUGAAAGCAAUACCAGCGGCGUCAUCAUCACGAUGUUUCCGACAGUCGAGUUUGCAGAUUGUGAACGAACCUCGGUACCCAAGAACAUAAUUUGGAGAAGGAGUGUCGAGAAAAACUCUUGCAGAAAAUUCAUGACAAAGAUCCGAAAAAAAUCCUUGAAGGAACUUUAUUAGAUAUCUCAGGAAUAACAACUGUUGAAACUGUGAGAGAAAACCAGGAAGAACUCCUACUGAAAUUUGAGAAUCCUCAAGGGAAACACCGGAAUAAAUUGCGGAAAAUCAUUCUAGAGGGAUCCCCACGGAAACUUUUACAGAAAUUCAACGACAAUAUCUGAGAAAUACCUUGAGAGAAACUCAUGUGAAGAAAUACAACGAAAAUUUCUUUUACUCCAGAGAAAUCCCGCGAGGGACUUUGAGUUCAAUAACGAGAAUUGCUCUGGAAAAACUUCGGGAAAGAAAUUAUGCAGGAUUCUCGUAAAAAUAAUCCAGGCGAAAUAGGUCGGAAAUCGGGAGUCCUGGAAGAUUCUCUAGGAAGAAUCCCGAAAAGAUAGGUUCAAAUCUUGGGAAAAUGUCGGUGGGAAUCCGAAAGAAGCCCUGAGAGGAAUUCAGGAAGGAAUAAUGAAAAAAUCCUGUGAAAACAUACUGAAGGAAUCUGGCAGGCAUUUCAAGAAGGUAUUUUUAUAGAAAUAUAGAACGAAACCCUGACGAAAUUUACUACAUACUACAAGUAGUAAAGUUCGCUCCUUUUUAUCCAUACGACCCAGGUAAAAUUUGGAAGAUGUCUUGAAAAUAAUUCCGGGGGAAAUUCCUGGUAGAAUUUCGACAAUCCGGCAAAGCUUUCCGGAACAAAUCUUAGAAGAAAUUUUGGGAUAAAUCAGGAUAAGUAUUCCUGCAGGAAUUCUUGCGGGAGCGUUGAGAUCAGUUACGGGGGAGAUCUUUAGAGAAAUUUCGGCAGAAAUUUCUGAACGUGUCGAAGUGAUAUACCUACAGAAACGAAAUCAUCAAAUCAGAUGAAUCCUAGAUGUUUAUCAAGAAGUUGGUUUGAAAAUUGAAGCUAAAGAACCAUCGACAUAGGCUCCAUAGGAAAUUUUAAAAUUCAAAAAAUGGUUCAAGAACAUUCUUGCCAGAGUUUUAAUUGUAUAGUUCUUGAGUUAGUUUCGAAUAAUAAACCGUGAUAGAACCGCUGCCCAAGGGUUACCUGGAAAGGGUUUAAAAGCAACAUUUGAAAUUGAUGGAAGGAAUGGGAUCACCACUUCAACAAUCUUCUUAUAGCCAAACUUGUGGUUUGCUUCUAGUUCAUAAGUAUGUGAUAUUAUUGAUAAUUUUUGGAUAUGACGGUUGAUAUUUUGCAAUGGCCAUGUAUAAAAAUCAGCUGUUUUAUCUCUUGCAGGUACUGUCACAAGAAAAUGCAUUUGUUGCUUUUCUGUUCACUAUUGUUAGUUUUAAAGAUUUAUUUCGAUUCCAUUUCACAAUUCCUUUGAGCUGAUAGUGUUGUUUCUCAAUUCGUAAAUCUUAAUCUGACCAGGGGUUUUCAAGCCUUUUUGCUCACGGUGCACCUUUUGGGAUUAAAUAGCUUCGCAGCGCACAUAUUCAUUAUUGACAAAAAGUGCAAAGUGCUGUAAUUUCAUAGCUACUCCCAGGUGAAUACACUUAACGUUGAAAUACUUUUCCCACUUCAAUUAUGAAAUUGACUUAUAUCUUUUAUUUUCCUUAUUUAUCGGAGCAUAAUAAAAAUAACACAGUUUUUCGACUUGAAAUAUUUACUUGCUGAGAAUAUCUCUAGAAAUUUCCGGACCAAACUCUUCGAGAUGCUGUGGGAGAUUCUCAGCAGGCUUAUGGUAAAAUUAAUACCAGGCCCAUUAGAAGACCAGUACCAAGAUAAAUGUCAGUACAGUAGACGUUCGAUAACUGCAACAUGUUUACGUUUCACUCAGCGAACAAAAUUCGAUAACUGCAACGUCAGACAGGCGUCAAUAACCCAUCAAUUCACGUUAAAUGAACGUAAAAUUCUUUAGACUGUUCAUUUGAGCUAACAUGGCGCACCGUUUUGACAGAUAGCGAUGCGAUAACUGCAAAUUUGUUGCACUUACCGGACUUGCAGUUAAAAAGCAUUGCAGUUAAACCGCUGUCACCGACUGAAUGUCAACUGUACCAUUAUUGAAUUUCUGGAAAAAUCAAUGCUAAAUUAUUUGCAAGAUAGUUGAAAGAUUUAUUUCAAUCCUUCGUGGCGUUCUGGUAAAUUCGGAGAAAGAUAGAACAAAUAAGUUAUUUGUAGAUAGAAUAUAACAAAUAAGUUAUUUGUAGAAUUAUUGGUGAAAUGAGUUGAAGAGCAGCAACAGACUCCUUUUCCAGUCCUAUGCAAAACUUUAGAAACAUAAAUAGAUUCUUAUAUCUUUUUGGCAAAGUUACUGGAGAUGCAUUGCAGAUCCCUUAUAGGAUGUGUGUGAAUAUCUAUGGCGAGCUCUUGGGAAAACAUGAUGUUUUAUAGAAUGCCCAAAUACCCGAGGGAGUUCUUGCUAGAUUCUUUCAUGAAUUGGGGCAACUUCAUCGACGUGAAUUGUGGAAUUAUUUUUCUCGAUCCCUUGUAGCACUUUACGAUAGUUUUACCAAGGAUCCCCUGUUCUCAUUUAUCCGAAUGAUUUUUCAUUAAACAGACAAUGAAUGUGAAAAACUUGGUAGACUUUUUAAAGUGUCGCGGUGCACUUGUCAUGUCUUUGCGGUGCACCAAGUGCACCACGGUGCACGAUCUGAAAACCCCUGAUCUAGUCGAAUGAUCGGGCGAGCCUUUGUGACAGCGGUGGAGAAACUCCUGAAUGAUUUAUUGAGAUGUUCUUGAAAAGUAUUUGGUGAAAUCUUUCAAGAAACAGUUUGUGGAAUUCUAUCGGACCACCCCGCUACAGAAUGAUAUAGAAGUCCUUAAGAAAAUAUACUGUAUCAAGGCUGAAACGUAUGAAGACAACGCCGAGGAAAUUUUGUCAGAAUUCCUGUACGAAAUUUCUAAUGAAUUUAAUAGAAAGUUCAUUAUCGAAGCAUUUCAUGGGAUGAAAUGAUGGAGUCGUUGAAUAAACUCCAUGUGGAUUUGCUCGACAGAUCUCUAAAGCUCUCAGAUGAGCACCUAGAGGAAUAUCUGUUCGAAUCUUUGGUUAGAGCAACUUUUAUCAAAAACCUCUGAAGAGACAUAUAAAGCAAACAUGCAAUUGAGAAAUUUCUGAUUGUCAUACUUUUGUUUGUCCUAACCCAAUACUUGAAUAAUUUUUAGUAUUUUGUACUGAAAUCCAGGAUAGAAUGCUUGUAAAAAUCCUGAUGCAAUACUUCGAGGGACAAUAAUUCCGUGAGAGUAUAUAGUUAGAAUCGUAGAAUGAGCUCUGCUUGUUGAUCUUCUAGCUUUUGAGAUGAUUGCUCUUGACAACACAAUCAUUGAGCUUUUAAAACCAACUUAAACCCCCAAAGCUCCGCAAGAGAGAGCUUUUCGCCGUUUUUAUCUCCUCUUCGUCUUCUCGCACGCUGUCGAAAGCACGCAUGCUUAGGCAUAACUACCAGCACUACUCUACCGACAAUCAAAGCAAAAUCCAAAGUAAAAGCAUUCAGUAGGGUAUAGUGAUCGAUGUUUGUUACCAACGUUUCGGUUUAAGCUUUUUUUUAGUAGAUUAUGAUUUCUCUUCGCGUUGAUCGAAAGCAGACACACAAUACAGAAAGAGUAAUUAUUAGGGCAAGAUGCAAAUAUACCAAAGAUUAUAGUGUUAAAAUACGGAAACGGAACUACAUCGGAGAUCGGGACAAGGUGGCGAUAGGAAGAAGAUGAUGCUUAUUAGGGUCAAGUUAUAGAUUUAGGUAUUGAAACCCGAUUGUUUCGUUACACGCUUUCGUUGUUUUCAAAAGGAACGAAGAACUUGUUUGGGAAUCUUGCAUGAAGUGAUGCUGAAUGUCACUUUUCAUAUGUAAAGAUUCGGGAAGAGUCCUCCAUUGUAGCGGAAUAGAGAAACUUGAUCAAUGGUCUCCUUUUCCUUUGCUAACGAGGCGAACGAGGGCCUAAGUUUGAAUAUUCUUAUACUGGAAGGACUGUAGGGAAGAUGCGGAGAAGCUGGAUUAACAUGAAAACCCAACAAAAACUGUCACAUUCCAAUUUUAUUGAACUUUCGUGUAAUAUAUACUGGACUUUCUAGGAAUCUUAUUCUACCGAACAAUAUCCACAGAGACACUAAACACAUACAUAAAUCGUUCUCUUGGUGUAUAGCAAUAGUGAAUCCUUCACAUAAAACAAUGCAAGUCCCAACCCCCUCUUGUUCGUUCUGUUGGCGAUCGGAAGUAAUACUCCGUGUCGCAUAUUUGUUAAACGUAUUCCAUCAUGUUGGUUCGACUCGACUAUUUCCCACAAAAAUCUUCUAACACCUCCUGUGCAAACAGAAGCAGACAAACAACAGCGCUAAACAAACAUUACUGUCAAAAAAGAAAAACCCCCUGCAGCGAAUACCGAUACAAAACAAGCAAACAAAAGUGUAAAAGUAUUUAUUGAAUGGAAAACAAAUGCAUAUUUAAAUUUUCUCCGAGAAAAAAAUGGAACAUUAAAAAAACCAAUUCAAAAGUAUUUAAAGUGAAAUAGCAAACAUCAAUACAAAAAUCUAUAUUUGCAAAACAAAAACAAAAAUGAUGCAUUGUGUAUUAUCCUUACAAUUUCGAAGCGAGCUGCUAGAACAGAGAACGACUGCUACUACUGCAACAGAAUUUAAAAUGACUAAACAGCAAAAAGCCCAUGACAAAGAAAGCGCAGGGUGAUUUCGACAAUCGCCCCGAGAGACGACAGUAAGUAUGUUAAAGACGAACGAACAGCAUUAUGGUAAGCAAACAAACGGGAAAAGCAGCAACCCUAUUAUACCAUUAUUUAUUGAACAUAAAGAAAAGGUACACUACGAUUAAACACAAGAAAACAAAAAAAAACAACAAAAAAGAUAAAAAAAAACAAACAAACGGAUAGUAUAUAUACAAGGUGGAUAAAACUGGAGGUUAAGCAACACAGAACAAAAGAAAACAACCAUGCUAUUGAAACUACACAUUCUAUUAUGAAAACUGCUUUGGACAAAAGUAAAAUAAAAAGUAAUAAAAUCACAA